AUGCCACGACCACGCUUGAAAGACAAAGGGGAAGACUAUUUGAAAAAACAGAAGCAAAAGUCCCGCUCACAAGAGGCGGCUUUGACGAACGCGUUUUUGGACAUAUUAAUAUCGAGCUUUGGGUACUCGAUGAAGUACUUAAAAUCGAAAGGCGCGACAAAGACGGUGAAAAUGAUAGUGCCUUCGCUCUUAACAAAAGACGAUGUGACAUACACCCGAGAGCAAAUUAUGAAGAAAUCUGCCGAUGUGUGUAGUAUAUAUACAUUACCCGAAGACGCAACAGAGAAACAGAAAAAGCGCAAUGAAGAGGCGCAACUUGCAAAUGGCAUUUUAGCGAUAUUAAAAGGGCACGGUUUUGACUUUAAAACAAAGAACACGCGGCCGUGUAAAAAGACGACACAACUCAUUCGCGUGACGGAGUUAGUGUAUCCCGAUAAAACGACUGUUCUGAAGACAGCGGCAUUGAUCGAGAAAGGCGCCGAGUUUUCCAAAGUUGUUGAGCCGCUCAUGAAGAAUCGUGAGGAGACAAUCACUUCAAACAACUUGAGAAUUAGCAAGGAAAGUUUUUCGAGUCUGAAGAAGAUGUUACAAGACCAACCCAGUGACACGGCAGAUGACGUUGAUAUGAAUGAGAGCAUAACACCAAGUGAUUUGAUUGCCAAACAAGAAAGUGUCAUUCCAACGACAGACACCAUUGUAGUUCCGAUUGUCGCGAAUCACAUUGAGCCUCCAGAGAUCCGUGAGUGCUUCGAUAUGGAAGAAGUCAAGCAAGAAAGUGACGAAGACGCCAAAGAAAAGAUGGACAACACUUUUCAUCCUUUACAACUGCAACCAAGUAACCCUAAUUGGCACAUCCAUGACGACCAAGAAAGUGUUCUUCUUAAUAUGAUGAAUGAGGCCGAAAGCGCAAAGGAAAAUGUCGUGUUUGAAGACGACGAGACGAUAGAAGACCCCGUGGAGUCAAAUGGGAAUCUGUUGGAACAUGAAAACUCGUCGACGUUCAAUAGAAAUCACCCGUCCGUCGACAUCACGUCGUCGAAUGGAUUUCUCCAAAAGUAA